UACACGUGCACAUACUCACAGCACCAACCAAUCUUAGCCCCUAGCAAGCAACUACAAAUUCUCACGUUAAAACUAAAUAUAAAAAAAACCACCGGCGCGUGUGCCCCAAACUCCGUCGAUCGUUUCCACCAUGACCAACAACACCACGACGGCGUCGGUGGCAGGCGCGGUGGUGAACGCAGUGGCAGCAAUUGAACUCACCGAUUCCUCAACCUGGUGGAACGACAUCGACGAUUCUCCGCUGUGGCAAGACCGCAUCUUCUACACCCUCGCCGGCCUUUACGGCGUCGUUUCCGCCAUAGCUUUGAUUCAACUUGUUAGAAUACAAUUGAGAGUUCCAGAAUAUGGUUGGACUACCCAGAAGGUGUUUCAUUUUCUCAAUUUUGUGGUGAAUGCAGUUCGAUGUUUAGUUUUCAUCUUCUUUCGAAAUGUACAGAGGUUACAGCCAGAGAUUGCCCAACAUAUCUUACUUGAUGUGCCGAGUCUUGCUUUCUUUACAACAUAUGCACUCCUGGUCUUGUUCUGGGCUGAGAUUUAUUACCAGGCACGUGCUGUAUCCACUGAUGGACUGAAGCCAAGUUUCUAUAUAAUUAAUGUUGUGGUUUAUGCUGUUCAGAUCAUUUUGUGGUUGAUAUUAUGGUGGAAACCAGUCAGCGUAUUAGUCAUUCUGUCCAAGGUGUUCUUUGCAGGGGUUUCUUUGUUUGCUGCCCUUGGCUUUCUUCUCUAUGGUGGAAGACUAUUCUUGAUGCUGCAACGUUUUCCUGUUGAAUCCAAAGGGCGUCGUAAGAAGCUGCAAGAGGUUGGCUAUGUGACAACAAUAUGUUUUCUAUGUUUCCUUAUCAGAAGUGUUAUGAUGUGCUUUAAUGCAUUUGAUAAAAACGCGAACCUUAAUGUGAUGGACCAUCCUAUUCUAAACUUCAUAUAUUACCUGUUGGUGGAAAUAUUACCUUCUUCUUUGGUCCUAUUCAUUUUGAGGAAGCUUCCACCAAAGCGUGGUAUCACACAAUAUCACCCAAUUCGCUGAAAAGAUUGAACAUACCGAGAAAAAGGAGCAAUCAGUGGUUGAUUAUUUAUUUAGCUGAUUCUCAUAGUCCAAGGGUAAUUUUUAUAACAGAGAAAGUCAAUCUUUUCUUUGGUCGGAGUGACAAAGCUUGUAUCAUGGGUUUUAUAGUUCAUUAAGGCUUGUAGAUUUCAAAACGUAACAUUUCAUGCAUUCUCAAUCGUGUUGAGCUGUGUUAUCACUGAUAUUUGCUUUGUAACUGUCUAAUCGUCGGUUCUGAUGUUUAUGCAAUUAAAUGUAAUGAGCAACCAUAAUUUGAACAGUGGAACAGUAAUGUCUUGUAUAAACAGAGUGUUAACAUGUUCGUAAAUUUAUUCUCAACUUUCAGUGAUGAA